AUGAAGACCUCGCUGGUGCUGACGAAGGAACAGAGCUUCGCCGCGGCCGCGGUGAAGGCGGUGAAGGCGAUUGUGGACGGUAGGCCGUGGAGGGGCGAGUGCGAUGGCAGAGGGCUUCGUGUCGAUUCUGUACAGCGACAAGCAGCUGAACUACGCGGUGGACGACAUCUUCAUCUCCUACGUGGGGAACAAGGACAGCGUGUUCGCGAUCAGCGACUGCAACGAGGAAGUGACCUGCACGCGCGUCAUCAACUCGCUGGGAGUGGACGGUCUGCACACCUGCCUCACUGCCUGCGUGGACUACAAGGGCCGUCGCUACCUCGCGCAGUCGUCCAUUCCGGGCAUCACCAACAUGGCCCCCACCAGCAUGAUUCUCUGGGGAUCGCUGGACAACGGCUCCACCAUCUACGCCGACGCGCGCGUGAAGCCCACCGUGGAGAAGCUGGCGGAGAAGCUGCACUGGGCGCACUCGACGGUGACGCCCACCGCCAAGACGGAGACGAUCGAGACUCCCAAGAUGGUCAUUCCGGAGGCCGACGCCUCGUCGGACGUGCACGACAAGCCGGAGGAGACGCUCGACUUCCUGGGUCCCGUGGAGGGCCGCAUCGUGCGUGGCGGCGACAACGUUCUCUACGCGGUGGACUAUCUCCACAUCGCCCCGGUGGACGCGCACUGGACCGAGGCGCACGCGUCGAUGUUCCCCAGCACGAAGAAGGAGGUCUUCCGCCAUCGCCAGGCCAUCGUGGUGCAGUGGCUGGUCCGCAAGCAGGCGCUGGAGGCCCAGCUGGCCGCGUUGAAGGAGGCGAUGGCCAAGGGCGAGACGGUGGAAGGCGUGGAGGCCUCGCGCGUGGAGGAGGUGGAGAAGGAGCGUAUUGUUCGAGCAGAGUUGUGAGUGUAGUGUCCCAGACGCCCUCCGCCUUCGAUCCCAACGCGUUCACUCCGUUCUGCAAGCCCGGCUGCGCGACCGAGGAGGACGUGCGCUCGCUGUCGGUGCUGCUGACCGAGUCCUUGCUGCCCAAGCUGAAGGCCGCGAUGCUGGAGAACGUGCAGAGCUACACGGAGACGUCCAACCUGGUGACCGAUCUGCACGGCGCGGCGGUCAAUGCUCGCUAUCUUGGAGAGCUGGCCGCUAGCUGCGCGAGCAACGAGGCCUCCGAGAAGGAGACGGAGCUGCGCGAGCUGUGCGAGGAGGAAAUGGUGGCUCGCUCGGUGAAGCACGUGCUGCGCGAUCUGAUGAGCAACGAGGUGCUGAGCGGCGCGGCGGCCUUCGUGACGGUGGUGGUGCUGAACAGCCUGCUGAACCAGCAGCGCAAGAAGGAGAUCCUGGUCGGCGGAAAGGACAAGAAGAACCGCAAGGUGCCUUCGCUGGUGGCGCAGAAUCUGAUCCGUCUGGGCCUGACGGUGCGUUUCUGGAGGGCGGGUGAGAGAUAGGCGAACGCGGUGUGGCUGCGCAUCGAGGAGGACGUGAAGCGCCACUUCCACUACACGCUGGGUCUGUGGGGCAAGCAGACGAUGACGGUAGGGAGCCGGGGAGGCUGCUGACGGGCAGGAGACGCAGCGAUUCCGCCUGCUGCGCCGCGUGUGCACGGAGAACGGCAUCCAGCUGGAGGCCACGCAGUACGACCUGAGCGACGACUACGUGCUGCGCGUGGAGAACAUCAUGGAGUUCGUGCCGCGCGUGAAGUUCGCGAUGACGCCCUCGAUCGACGAGACGGUAGGCCCGCUGCCGUCGCCUGAGGGGUGUAGUGCGCGGAGGUGUACCAGACCGCGCUGCUCCAGAUCAGCGAGGGCAACUUCGCGGUGGCGUACGAGCUGGCGAAGCAGUGCUUCCUGCAGCUCAUCUCGGCGCACUCGCAGCUGCACCCGCAGAUGAUCGCGCUGCUGGACCUUAUGGCCACCGUGCUGACCUCGGUCAACGACCUGCAGAGCGCGCUCCCGAUCGCGCGCGCCUCGCUGUACUGCAGCGACGUGAUCUACGGCAAGGACUCGAUCGAGAGCGCCAAGCGCCACACGCAGCUGGCCUCGCUGCUGUACCGCUGCAACUGCCCGUGCGAAGCCCUGCUGCACAACCAGCUGGCGCUGUGCACCUACCAGUCCCUGUACGGCCCGGACUGCGAGGAGGGCAAGCAGAUCCAUCUCAACCUGGGCAUGUGCUACAUGC